GAGAGUGAGGGAGCGAGCGAGUGAGUGAGCAUCUUUGAGGUACCCGCGCAGGGCCGGUGUGACUGAAGGACUUCUCUCUUCUAAAUAUCGUACACAUUUUCACGAUGAAUUUUCUCUCUGAGUUUAGUGUCAGCACACGGGGCGAACAGUUUUGGAGGAGACCUUGUGUGGAGUCGUGCAUUGGCACGUUUUUUUAAGCUCACGGAUCACCGCAUUUCAGGGGCAACGGACCCCAUUAGGAAGCAGCGACACUUCCAGCUCACCUUGCCUGGCGAUGGAGGUCCGCCGUUAGAGGCUUGGGAGCUUGGAGGGAGGGUAGAGGGGGGAGUCGGCCGCAGUUUCUCCAAAAUUACGACGGGAAUCAAGUACAGCUCCCUGUCUCCCGGCGGCGGGAGAGACCAGCGGCCGCUCGUGAUGUCUCGUGCCAAGGAGCGACUGAAAGGCGGGAAGGAGACCAAGGACAGCGUCACUCUGCUGCCCUGCUUUUAUUUUGUAGAGCUCCCUAUCCUGGCCUCCUCUAUUGUCAGUCUUUACUUCCUGGAGCUGACAGAUAUUUUCCAGCCGGUGCAUUCUGGGUACACUUGUAAUGACCGCAGUCUGUCUCUGCCGUACAUCCUCCCAAGACAGGAAGUCUGCCCUCUCCCUCUGCUCUUCAGCUUGGCCUUUGCUGCACCUACUGUCACUAUUCUGAUAGGAGAGGCCAUCCUGUACUGCUAUCUGUCUAGGAAGUCAUCAGCCACUCAGACUGAGGCCAACAUCAAUGCUGCAGGCUGCAAUUUCAACUCCUACAUCCGCAGGGCUGUACGCUUCAUAGGCGUCCAUAUCUUCGGCCUGUGUGUGACAGCACUGGUAACGGAUAUUCUUCAGCUGUCCACUGGUCAGCACACUCCAUAUUGGCUGGAUGUGUGCAAACCCAACCUGACCCACAUUAACAUGUCCACCUGUGAUGAAGCUUUUAUCCUAGAAGAUAUCUGCUCUGGACAAGACAUAGGGCUCAUCAAUGCUGGGAGGAAAUCUUUCCCCUCCCAGCAUGCUACUCUGGCUGCCUUUGCUGCUGUCUACAUCUCGAUGUACCUCAACACGGUGCUGACCGACUCAGCCAAACUACUGAAGCCUCUCUUGGUGUUCUCUUUCGUCAUGCUGGCCAUCCUGGCUGGGUUAACCAGAAUCAUCCAGUUUAGAAACCACCCUGUUGAUGUAUACUGUGGAUGGUUACUGGGAGCUGCCAUUGCUGUUUAUCUGGGUGUGUACGCCGUGGGGAAUUUCCAGCCUAGUGAAGAUUGCUCCAGAAGUAGACAACCUGCCCCGAUAUUGCGAGAGCCGCCCCUUUCCUCCUUGCCCAAUGUCAGCCAGUCAGCAAUUAGCAACAGUCAUCAAGGCCACCACACACUGGCUCCCACCCAACCAGAGCCUAUUAUUACAAGAACCUCUUCCCACACGUUGGUCCCAGAACAAACAGGACCCAUGCUGACGCGUAGUGCCUCCUGUCGAGAGCCUUCUAUGACCAACUUGAAGCGAGCCAGCGCUGAAGUGGAGGUGAUAACUCCAUCCAGUCCACUAGGCAACCGUGACAACAUGAUGACCUUCAGCAGCAGCACACUGCCAAGAUCCCACGGAGGUUCCUCACUGGAGGAAGGUCGUGUUCCACGGCGUCACGCCUCCAUUCAUGCCUCGAUGGACUCAACCCGGUCCAAACAGCUGCUCAGCCAAUGGAAGAAUAAGAAUGACAACAGGAAGCUCUCUCUGCAGGUUAUGGAUGGUAUAAGGCCAACCUCAUCUUCAUCUCCUCAGAGGAACAUGGAGCUGCGUUGCUCCUCUGAACCGUCUGCCAUGGGUCUGGAGGCUGAACUCCGUGGUGGAACCCAUUUGCCUAUAGCCACAGGCCAGGAAGCUGAGCUGCGUGCUGGGGCCCACAUCCCAGCUCAGUACAUGAAACUAGCAGUUAGCUCUGUUCCUAUGGCUAAUCAUAAUCAUCUGUCCCAUAAUGGCAGCACUGGAAUGACAGGUGGGGCCAGAGUGUCUAUCCAAUCCCGACCUGGAUCCUCUCAGCUAGUUCAUAUACCUGAGGAGGAAAAUCCCACCUGUAAGGAUCAGGAGAGUGAAUCAGAGGACAGCAUUAUGGACGGGGGUGGGUCAGUGAGGGAAAAAUGGCUGAGAGUGACUGAGAAGACCACCAUCCCCUGUAGGCCUCUCAGUGCUGGAGGACAACCUCGUCUUAUGCAGGUAAUAGCCUUAUCCAAACAACAGGGUUUGCUUCACUCUCCUCGGUCAGAGGACGGUGGCAGCACUGUCAGCUGCACUGGAUCCAUUCGGUACCGAGCCCUGACAGACCAGGACCCAUCACCACCCGCCUCCACCACUGGAGCAAUGGGAGGAGGAGGAGGAGGUUUGGAAAGAACUGGCAGUAUAGUGCGUGUUGAAGCCCACCCAGAAUCCAGAUCCAAUAAACCAGUGGUGAAACCUCCGAGCACUGACGGCAGUGGCUCCUGGAGAUGGAAACCACCGGAACAACGAGCAUCCCUCCGGCAGUCGGCUUUCAACCUCAAUGACCUGAACAGACACACAGACAGCUGUGAUUCACUGAAGGAUGGUGGGUCAGUGGAUGGGAGAAGGAGUGUCACAGGGACAGAAACAGAGAGUGAUGGGGGUGGGGACGGAGGGGGGGGUGGAAUGGGAGGAGGAGGUGUAUACACCAGCCAUCCACAUGUUGUGCACCCAUUACAUCCCUUACAUCCGAAUAAUCCUAACAAUUACCAGCACUCCAGUUUUAAUCCUAACAAUUCCAAUAAUCCCAGUUUUAACAAUGUUCACCCUAAUUUCAACCCUGCUUCUAACAACUCCAACAUGAUGUUCACACCCACUGCCACCUAUGCUCCUCCCUUCCACCCCCACCCUCAAGCAGUCACUACUAUCAGGGUUACCCCAGUGGAGGGGACAGCCGCCAGCAGUGAUGGUGGCUCAGACUGCCAGUCGGUGGCUUCAUCCAGCCGUGAGUCCACCUUGAGGAGGAAGAGCAGCGGCAACAUGGUCCACAUCCAGGACCGAGGGCCUACCCCUGAACUCCACAACAACCACCGCCUCUAUGACGACAGCAACCGCCUCGACAACGAGAGCAGCAACCGCUUUCAUGAAAACCUUCGAAGCUUUCAAGAAAACCCCAUCCAGCCCAUCCACCCCAACCAUCCCAACCACCCCAACAGGCAGUUGCAGGGGGUGUUUGGGCGUCCAAGCCCCACCCCUCCCCCUACCUUGCCCCGUCCAAUCCUGACUCACACUCCACCACCUACUUUGGGGUUGGCCUAUAAAGAAUAA